AUGGCUCCGAAAAGAAAAUAUGACGACUCCUAUAUCAAAUUUGGAUUUAUUGCAAUCGAAACUAACCAUGAAACUCGACCACAGUGUGUUAUAUGUUCCACUGUUCUUAGUAAUGAUGCGUUGAAACCCGCUAAAUUAGAACGGCAUUUAAAAACUGUCCAUCCUAAAUUGAGUGAUCGACCACCAGCAUUUUUCAUGGGUAAGUCAGAAAAUUUGAAAAAAAUGAAACUUGGAACAAGUGGUUCAAGAUUCGAGUUAAAUGAAAAAGUGCUAUCUGCGUCAUUUAAAAUUGCACAAUUAAUCGCAAAAUCAAAAAAACCACACACUAUCGGUGAAAAGUUAUUGAAACCUUGUUUACUAAAUGCUGUUGAAGAAGUUUUAGGUGAGGAAGCUAAAAAUAAAAUACAAGAAAUUCCAUUAUCGAAUAACACCGUGAAAGCUCGCAUUGACAAAAUAUCUUUCGAUAUUGAAGAACAAUUAUUGGUAAAAAUAAAAAACUCACCUUUUUACGCAUUGCAGUGUGAUGAAAGUACUGACGUUUCGCAAUGUUGUCAGUUACUGGUUUUUGUUAGAUUUUUGGACGAUGACAACACAAUAAAAGAAGAGCUUUUGUUACUGCAGGAAUUGGUUACUACGUCGAAAGGAAGUGAUGUAAUGAAGAUAAUUAAUGAAUAUUUUGAAAAGCACGACAUUAUGUGGGAAAAGCUUGCAGGUUUUUGUACGGAUGGAGCUCCAGCUAUGCUAGGAUCACGUUCGGGCCUAGCAACGUUGGUUAAAGAAAAAAACUGUUCAGCAUUGACAACGCAUUGUGUAAUUCAUCGACAAGCAUUAGCUUCAAAAACAUUACCUGAAGAACUCAUAUAUACUUUAAAACAGUCCGUAAAAAUGGUGAACGCUAUCAAAAGUAGUGCACUAAAUACUCGCAUUUUUAAAAAAAUAUGCUUGGACUUGGAUUCUGAAUAUGAAACUUUGCUUUUUCAUACCGAAGUCCGAUGGCUUUCGAAAGGAAACAUGUUGGCACGAUUAUUUUCACUUAAGGAGGAGGUGACAGUGUUUUUAACUGAGAAAAAAAUGAUCGAUUUAUUGAAAUGUGUUUGUGAUCAUAAGUUCGAAAUGCACUUGGCUUAUCUUGUCGAUAUCUUUGAGCAUUUAAACAAGCUUAAUUUACAAUUACAAGGCUCCGGAAAUCAUAAAUUGGAAGGCGCUGCAAAUAUAUUUAUAUUUGAAGAUAAACUUCGCGCAUUUAUUUGUAAAAUUAAUUUAUGGAUAAGUAAAGUUGAGAUGAAUAACUACUCAACGUUUCAAACACUAAAAAGCAUCGUCGACAACGAAAAAUAUGCUGACUUCGUGCCUGAGGUCCAUCAAAAUGUUUUACACCAUCUGCAUAAACUUAAAGAUGAAUUUAACCGGUAUUUCCCAGAAUAUAAUGGUUAUGAAACGAAAGGUGUCCGAAGUAUGAUUCGAAACCCUUUUAUUGUCAAAGUUGAUGAGGUGGAUGAUGAUAUCCAGGAAGAUUUGAUAGAGUUACAAAAUGAUCGAAACUGUAAGGAUACGUUUGAAUCUUCCAUGAAUAUCGAAGAGUUUUGGUGUAAAAAAGCAAUUACGUAUCCUAAGCUUCGAAAAAUCGCACUAAGAUAUUUAGUCAUGUUUUCAACAACUUAUAUGUGCGAACAAGGAUUUUCCGCACUGCUCUACAUUAAAAACAAACAAAGAAAUCGGCUGGACGCCACUAAAGACAUGCGUGUAGCUUUGAGCAAUAUUACCCCAAGAAUAUCUUUGUUAGUAAAGGAAAUGCAAGCGCAAAAAUCACAUUAA